AUGAACCAUGAAAAUCUGGUACGGUUGCAGGAAUGUCUGGAAGGCAAAGCACUAGAGUUGGUAUCCGGUCAGCUACUUCUGCCCGAAUCGGUUCCGAGGGUAACCGAGAAGCUUCGACGGCAUUACGGUCGUCCGGAGCAAUUGCUCCAAGAAUUCCUAGACCAAGUAAACGAACUAGAGCCGCCAGAACCGGACAAUCUAAACAGUUUUAUCCCGUUUGGAAACACAGUGGAGCAGCUCUGUGAACACUUGGAAGCGGCGGGACUUCGGCAACACCUCGUCAAUCCGUUGCUCAUCAAAAGCUUAGUGGCGAAGAUUCCAGAUCGGGAAAAGCGCGACUGGGUUCACUAUCAAAGGAGGAAUGCCGCAGGAGAGCCAACCCUACGAACACUGACGGAUUUUUUAAUGGAGAUAGUGGACGAUGCUUGCGCAGCGGAUGUCGAUGUACAGCCCAAAUUGAUACACCAGUCCAAAGGUGGUGCGCAGUUCGGAAGGGAAAAGCCGAAGGAGAAAGGUGCCUUGUUCGUCCACAGCGAAAUUAGUAAUUCUGGUGCCACUGUAAUCGACCGCGGAGAACUAAAGCCUUGCAAAGUUUGCCGCAACACAGGUCAUCGAUUGCGACAUUGUGAGCGCUUCAAACAAAUGUCAUACGCUGACCGUUUGAGGCUGGUAACUCGCGAAAAGCUGUGUAAUGUGUGCCUGAAUGAGCACGGUGGCGUGUGCAAAUUCCGAAUUCGCUGUGAUGUUGGCGAUUUCAGAGAGCGUCACAAUGCAUUGAUGCACCCCGUUGGAAACGCGAUGGGGAUGAGUGCGCACAUCCAGUCCAAUUCUAAAAUAAUGUUCCGGAUGGUACCAGUGCAGCUGAGACCCGCAAUAACGGUGUUGGCGUUCCUUGAUGAAGGUGCUUCGGUUACUUUGAUUGAGAAGAAACUAGCAGACCAGCUCGGCAUGGUCGGGGUACAAGAGAAGCUGACAAUAAAAUGGACUGCUGAUGUCACACGCGAAGAGAAAGAUUCGCGACGAAUGAAUUUGUGGGCGUCCGGCGUUGGAGUUGAUGCGAGCAAGCUGCUGUUGAACGGCGUCCGAACUGUAAGCAAGCUUAUGCUACCAAAUCAGAAGUUGGACUCGCAAGAGCUAGCUGCGCAGUAUGAGUACAUGCGUGGGUUGCCGAUAGCCUCUUACGACGGGCAGCCGGAGUUGCUUAUCGGGCUGAACAAUACACACUCGUUUGCUCCAUUGGAAGCAAAGGCGGGUUUCCCUGUAGAACCAAUCGCGGUCCGAUGCAAGCUUGGGUGGACGGUUUAUGGGUCACGACAUUCCGCCAACGCAUCGUUGGGAGAGUUUUUGGGAUACCACCGCGAAAUUUCCAACGAGGAUCUGCAUGAGCUAUUGAGACGCCACUACGCUCUUGAAGAAUCGGUCGUGAUACUCCCUCAGGAAUCAGCAGAAGAUAAACGAGCACGGGCAAUACUUGAAGGAACAACAAAACGGAUUGGUAACAGGUUCGAAACCGGCCUACUAUGGGUAGCAGAUGAACAACGGUUUCCCGACAGUUUUCCAAUGGCUCUGCGAAGAAUAAGGCAGCUAGAGAAGCGAUUAGAAAGGAAUCCGAAGCUGCAUGAAAACGUUUGCAAGCAGAUAGAAGAGUAUCAGCUAAGAGGAUAUGCGCAUCUUGCUACCGCCGAGGAGUUGACGGAAACUCCGCCCGAUAAAGUUUGGUACCUUCCGCUAAACGUUGUGCAAAACCCCAAGAAACCCAGCAAAGUAAGACUCGUGUGGGAUGCUGCAGCUACUGUGCAGGGAGUUUCCUUGAACUCACAGCUGCUGAAAGGACCGGACAUGCUGGUUCCGUUGAUCAAAGUAAUGAUCAGGUUCCACCAAAUUAAAAUUCGCGAUGAGGACAAACAAGCGCAGCGAUUUGUUUUCCGGAAAACCUGCGACGUAUCUCCGAGCGUUUACGUCAUGGAUGUUGCGACAUUUGGGUCGACUAGCUCUCCAUGCUCGGCCCAAUUCGUUAAAAACCGGAAUGCCGAAGAGUUCGCCGCCCGAUAUUCCGGAGCAGCUGCAGCGAUUAUAAAUCGACACUAUGUCGAUGAUUAUUUCGACAGCGUCGACACGAUUACCGAAGCAGUGCGGUUAGCAAAGGAGGUGCGAUUCGUCCAUUCGAAAGCGGGCUUCGAAAUACGAAAUUGGGUGUCAAACUGGCAAGAAGUGCUGCAAGGUUUGGGAGAAGAGAAGCCGUUGGCGCCGGUUCAUUUCAGUCAGGACAAGCACACCUCCAAUGAGCGAGUGUUGGGAGUGAUCUGGGAUCCGGUGUUGGACGAAUUCGCCUUUUCAACGAAGCACCGCGCAGAGGUUCUGCCGUAUCUGUUCCAAGGAAAAAGACCAACGAAAAGACUCGUUGCCAGCUGCGUGAUGGGGUUUUUCGAUCCACUGGGGCUGCUAUCACCGUUUACCAUCCACGGCAAAAUAAUCAUCCAGCAACUGUGGCGUUCCAAAUGCGAUUGGGAUCAGGAGAUCGAUGUCAGGUGCUGGGAAUUGUGGCAGCGCUGGACCGGCCUGUUACCGGAAGUGGAAGCAAUUCGAAUCCCACGAUGCUAUUUAGGCUGCGCGUUGACUACCGAAAUCGAGUCUUUGGAGGUACACAUCUUUACAGAUGCUAGCUAA